CCCACAAGCUUUCCUCCGUCAGUCACCAUGGUGGCACAAAGCAGUAAGACCUGGCUCUCGCCUCGUCAUCUUUACUAAACAAAAAAAGAAGAGAAUAUUACCUUGCUUUGUGGAUACGCGCGUUUACAUGUACUGGCUCAUAGAUCGCCUCAAUGGGCAAACGUUUCUCGACUGAGUUUUAUCUGUUUUUAUAAAGCGACAAUCCGGAUUUGUUUCAAAGGGAGAAUGCAGACGAGAAGGGACUAGCUAGCUAACCAGCUAGCCUUCCCGGCGUCUGGAUAAACGGGACGAUUUAUUGAGUUUUUACUCUUUCAACUCUUUGGUUGAUUCACUCCCUGGCAAACUCAAGGAGAUCGUAACAAACAUAUUUGUCGCGACUAAAGCCGGAACAAGGGGCACAACCUUGGUGGAUCCCGGAGCAUUCCUCUGGGAUCGGGAGCUGGAGGAAAUAUACCCCGUGGCUCUGGGCUUGGCCUGGGGGGAACAUAGCGCACCUUCGUGGGAUUUCUGAAGUGUGAUAACGAAGGAAAAGAAAAGAACAGCGAGAAUUUAAGAGACAGCUAACUUAGCGUUAGCUUUCUGGCUACGACAGCGCUCUGCCGAGGAGUGCAGUUGAUUACGAUUUUAAAAGUGCUUUUUGGCUUGUGCUUUUUAUUUGUUUUAAUUCAAGAAGAAUGGCGUCUUACGUGGAUAACAGUUUCAGACAGGCGGUCAUGAAAAACCCAGCCGAAAGAACGCAACAGGACCUGGAGAUCGUGUACUCCUACCUGCAUGGGAUGGAGGCCCUGUCCAAUCUCAGAGAGCACCAGCUGAGGAUGAUGUGUGAAACAGUGCGCUAUGAGAGGCACGAAGCCAACGAGGUGUUGUAUUAUCCUGAUGACAUUGGCACCUGCUGGUACAUCCUCCUGUCUGGCUCAGUGUUCAUCAAAGAGUCCAUGUUUCUGCCCAGAAGCAGGUGAGCCGUCCAACCUCAACUGCAUGUGCUAU